AGAUGUCUCAGUAUGAACCAUGGUACCUGCGUCGAAGAUGUCCAAUAUUUUUCUACUCGUGUAUACCUGUUUAUGUUGGCGUGUGGCCAGCAAGGAAAUGUGUGGUUAUCCUCAGUGCAAUACUCUUUGCAAUUGGUGUGAUGAUUUUGCUUGGUUUAUUACUUACCUGUAUUGCUGUUGAAUGCUCUGUUAUCGCUGGUGUUUUAUUACCGAUUGCGUUACUAUUAAUUAUUGUCGGUACACUGAUGCUUCAUUGUGGCUGGGCAGCUCAUUUACUCGAUGAAGGAGGUGUUAACGAUACACCACCGAAAGUUGUAACAAAUGAAGAAAAAAAUCCAAAUCCUGAUGAAAUAGCAUUGUUUGAAAGCGCCUAUAAAGAACCAGUACCGGAGAUUAGGCAAGGUUACUGGCAAUUUGAAGAUAAAUUAGCAUGGCAAACUGUUGCUAAUCCAUAUCCAAUACAGCACACAUUGAGAAAUACGGUCGAACGUCCAGAAUAUUGAAGUGUGAACAAUGCCAAACGUUCAAACUAACUUGUACGACAGGAACAUAG